UUUUUUUAAUUAAUUUCCCUCCUUUGUGCAGAGGCAACUUUUGCCAGCAUUCCAAAACGGGAGGAGGAGGAACCACUGGAACUCGUUUUAGUUAAGUGAGAAGCAGCUCAAGAAUCUUUCAACCACAAAACUAAGCCCCACAGCUCUAGGGUUUCAUUCUAACCAGAUUAGGCAGCUCUAGGUUGCAGGAAAGGUGUUCCCUUCCUUUUCAGAUCAGGUGACAAUACAUUGGCAGUUUUAGGAAUAUUUCUUAUCUCAAGUCUGCUGAGUAUUUGCUAAGAACUCUCUUUUGACUUUUCUUAACACAUGAAUAUACAGUUGGUGGAGCACACAGAUAUACCUUUUGAUGAAUUAGGAGGGUCACUGCUAUAGGUGCAAUGCUAUGUUAAAGCUGACUGUGUCUGAAAAAUAUGGCUUCAACCCAAGGCACCAGUCACAUUCCUUCUCUUGCUUCACCAACACAACGAAUGCACUUGAUUCGUGUGGAUUCUGUUCAUCGAUGGAUGGAGGACUUGCGGUACAUGACAGAAGUGGAGUGCAUGUGCAUCCUUCAAUCAAAACCAAUCAGUGUUGAUGAAGAUGCUCAAAGCGAACUAAUCAUUAAUCCAGAGCACACUGUACGGGACAACCUUCAGACUCUGCUGAAAAGAGCUUUUAUUAUCAGCACUGAACUGACCAAAAUGUUUCAGAAGCUGGAGAAGAACCGUUGGCAAAGAGUGCACAGCACAGCAGUGAGAGCCAAUUGCCAUGUUCGUUCCCUGGUCAAUGAGUACAACUCCUUCACAAGGAAUUCUCCUGCAGAAAUACAAAAAUACGAAAAGGCAUUGCUGGAGAAAUGCAUGGAGCUGACAAUCAUAACUGAGAGGUGCAUACACACGGAAGAUGAAUAUUUUUUGAUGUCUAUGAAAGACUCGAUCCAUGAAAUACUGACAUCUGUUGGCGAGUCCUUCAGCCACAUGAUUGACAUGGCUUUAGCCAAUGAGAUACAGGUCUUGGUCAGACAAAUUGAAUUGUCUGAUAACAUGUAUACCAUUGGAACAGCCAUCAGCAGCCUGCUCAGCCUAACCCAAGAAGGAGCCCGCUUGUGCACCAUCAUAGCAAAGGAAGGGGCUGUGGUUGCCCUUUUUAAGAUUUGCAGACAGGAUUGCUUCAGCUGCCUCUGUGCACAUGCUCUGAGAACGCUGGCAUCAAUCUGCUGCGUGGAGGAAGGAAUCAGCCAGCUGGAAAAGGUGGAUGGCAUCCUGUGUUUAGCAGAUAUCCUCACAGAUGAAACUAAUCCUGAAGAGAUGCGUGCAGAGGCAGCCGCUGUGGUGGCCCAGAUUACAUCCCCACAUUACACUUUCACCCAGCAUCUGGGCAGUUUCCUGGAGAACAUGGAAGACAUCGUGACUGCACUUAUCAAACUGUGCCAACAUGCUUCUUCUGGGGAAGUCUUCCUGCUGGCCUCUGCAGCUCUAGCCAACAUCACCUUCUUUGACACCAUGGCGUGUGAAAUUCUACUGCAGCUGAGCGCUGUUAGAAUAUUAUUUGAAGCGUGCCGAGAUCGAAAGAGAGUGGACACACCCUACUCAAAAGAUCAGGUUGUGACAGUAUUUGCGAAUAUGUCUGUACUUGACCACUGUGCUUCAGAGGUUAUACAAGAAAGUGGUAUUGAGUGUUUACUGGAGAUGUUAUUUGAGAAGCCAUCUACUUCAAAUCCAGCAGAGGUUGCUGCUUGUGAGCGAGUCCAGCAGAAAGCUGCAGUUACACUGGCUCGGCUGAGCAGAGACCCAGUUGUAGCCCACACUGCCACAAAACUCAACUGUAUUCCUCGACUGAUAGAGCUCUGUCGAUCACCAGCUGAGAGAAGCAACAGUGAUUCUGUUUUAGUUGCCUGUUUGGCAGCCCUAAGGAGGCUAGCAGCUGGGUGUCCAGAAAGCAUCGACGAUUCUGACUUUCAACAACUAAUAAAACCGAGACUAGUGGAUUCCUUCUUACUGUGCUCAAACAUGGAAGAAAGCUUUGUAUAAUGGCAGCUGUAAAAUAACUUUUUGCAUGACAUUCUAUGCAAAAAGUAUUCCAUUAAAAACCUGAAAUCAGUUUAAGGUUGACCAAAAAUGAUGUUAGAUUUUAAAGUUUUUUUUUUUUGUUUGUUUCUUUUAAGUAGAGGUAUAUAAUAAGGAUAUAAACAUUCACUUUUUUUUUUUUAGCAGUGAAGCAUGGAUCAUAUUUGUAGUUUUUAUAGACUAAAAUGUAACUUGAAGAAAAGUGUAUUUUCUAACAUAUUGUAUGUUCAUGCACACAAACUUUAAAAAUUAAAACCGUAAGUCCAAAUAAAACCUUUUUUUUUCCUUCUCAUUUUAGUCCCUACCUGUCAUGUCCCUAUAGAUUGUUUCACUGAUGCAUUCCAUCCUGUACAUCAUGCUACUGUACUUGUAAGCUGUCUGUGGAAUUCUAAUCUUCUUAAUUCUCAGUGCUACAGUAUCGGAUGCACACCAGAGGAUGCAGAACAGCCACACUUCAAAAAAUCUCCUGCCCUUCUGCCCCUGGUGUUUAAGAAGCAGUACCCUUGUUACAAUGUCGUGGGCUUACUACUUUCCCCCUGGCAUUCGACCCUGCUAUACUUAAUGAGAAUCUAAGGCAAGACGUUUCAGAUAAGCCUGUUUCCUGCACAUAUAAAUAAUGUUAUCUUUUCCUUCGUAUGGGGUUCCCUAUAUUGGAAAGCUUUUUCUUUCUUUUACUUUACCAGCUACCCUUUCCUCUAAAGGAUGAUAUGCAGAUGUUCUGCUAGUUUCUCAUUGUUCUGAUAAGUGAUUUUGUAGAGACCUUUUAGAGACCACUCUUACACUGUACAUCAACUGCUAUUUUAGUGUGGAAAAACUAAAAAGAGACUGAUUUACAAAACCAUUUUUUUUUUGUUAUUUCUUUUAGCUGAAGUUCUGAGGUGGUUGUGUUUGCUCACAAGCUAAAACUAGCAUGUUAAAAACCAGAAUAUACUGUACGUGUAAGCCUGGUAUCCGUGAGAUGGAAAUAAGUAUUUGUUCUUUUGAAUGUCAUAUUUCACUCUUGUGAAUGCAUUAAGAGAAAAUUGUAAAACAUCUAUAGUGGAAAAUGUCAACCUAGCAAAAUAUUAAACCUACUGUAUCCAGUUUGAGCAGACCAUCAAAUAUCAUUCUAUGAAAACGUGGAUUAAACUUCUAUGGAUUUACGAGUAGUUCAUUUUUGGUUGCCUUUGAAGUUUGUUAAUGUAUUUGUAUUUUACAGUAGCUAUGCAAAAAAAGAAGUAAUUAUUUUUGGGUUGUCAUCGAUGUAGAUACCUAAAACAGUACAGCUAUAAUGCAUUUUGUUUGUUAAACUAUUUUUGUUUCUUUAAAAAACAGCUGUUGUGCUCAAAGAUAUGUGUGCAAUAAACUAAUGACACUCAAUUUCCUUUCCCAAAAGUGAUGCUUCUGGUUAUACCAAUAUGUUACUUACAAAGUGACUGUAACAGAGCGCCCGGUGUCAGAUAUAAAUUC